GUUACUGUUAGAGUACACACGAGCUACUCCUGAAGAGCGCCGCGCUUUCCUCUCACUCUUUAACCCUCAUUGCGGGUUAACUUUUCCUUGCAUCAAAACACCGCACAAUAACCGCCUUACUCCAGGUCUUUAAUUAUUAUGCUACCUUAGUGUUUUGUGGACGGUGACCAGCAGAGCUUCACCCACUAGCGGAACAUUAAUCAAGUGUUAGUGGCAGAGGAAACUGGUGUACUGUACCUGAGACACCUGUGAUGGUUGGUAAUGUCACAUUGGAUAACACCGUUCCCACACCUGACCUGGGGAUUGAACCUGGGAUGUAAUGGAUCACUACUGCAGUACAGUACUGUACCACCAAAGCCAACACUAAUGCAGAGAGAGAAAGGAAAUGAAUAACUUGGAAUUUAUUAAGGGAAUGGUGAAAGAAGAACGUACAGUACAGUACAAGUAAACAAUUAUUACCAUGUCACGUUUAAGUUCAAUAGAGGCGGAGGCCCGUCGAGGUGCAGAGGUGGACGCUUUUCACGAAUCGAUUACACUUAUACAUGAGUGGAAGCCAACAUCAGAUGUGUUUGCAUUGAAGAAUUAUAUGUUUGCACUGUCAGCACUGAGCAGUGGCUCAGGUGCCUACAUCAACAGUUACUACAGGAAAGUUGUCAAGCUGCGGAAUCAGGCCUUCAUCUCUACCCUGUUACCUGUGGUUAUCUUGCCUUCCGUGGUGGCGUCUCUGCUGCACCACCAUUUUGUUCAGCGUCCAUUAGUGCUGCAAACGUUUCAGUGUCCAGUGUGUCUAGAGCUUAGGGGAGGAGCAGUGCAGUUUUUUGCUGGCUUUGUGUACCCUAUGGUGCUGGGCCCCCUCGCAGCAUUCCAGUUUGCAACAAGACUGUACACUUAUGCCCUACCAAGUGUCAGUGAACCUAAAGCAUGGAUCAAGGAGUUCUUCAAGAUGACACGACCAGUACUUCCAAAGUUGUACGUCUUGGCUGGUUUACACUCACAACCUCUUCACUGUGUUGUCCAAGAUAUCUCACAUGGAGGAGACACUGAGACAACACCACAUGGAGAGUGGUGAUGGUGAGUUUCUCUCAAUUAGUAAGGAAAGAGUCAUAAUUCUAGUAAAAUCCUGUUAUAACAAAAGGGGUCGAGAUUGAGCAUUUUUGGGGGAGAAAUGGAAAUGGCCAAAGUAAUCCUAGAACAUUUUUGUCUUGUCAUGGUAAGCUUGUGAAUACCAUAUAUGGCCUUGUACUGAUUAGGUCACCCAAAAGAAGAAUAAACAGGGUACAUGAGCCUAAAUGUGGAGGAGAGCCAGGGAUUGGCCAAGAAUGACAUGAGUUAGGAACCUGACAAGAUAACAUGCAGAACGGAGGCUGCUAACCCAAACAAAAGUGAAAAAUUGCCAAAAUAUUAUGAUGCUAAAAUUUCUUGAAGUUCUUCAUGAAAAGAUGGAGAGUGGCUUAUAUUUGUUAAAUUUUUAUACUGUACCUAAAGAACUUUGUCUUACUUUGAAAACGUAAAUUUCUCAUACUCUUUCACAUUGCAAUCGCUUUGUUAGAUUUUUCCUCGUCAUAAAACUUUGUUAUAUGUUCCAUCAGGGACUCUGGAUCACAGGUUAUGGUGGUCAUGAUGUCAUAAUCAUGAACAAGAUGGCUCACUGUCUCACUGGAAGCAGGACAUCAUAAAACCUCUACUGCUUUCAGAUUCUGUAUAUUGUUAGAUUAGCAGUCUUUGGGGCAGUUGAUGCUGGAGAGGAUAUACUGUUGUACUGUAUAUGGAAUCAAUUAUCAGCCUUGGGACACCAUUGCUGAUUCAGUAGAAGAUACACAGUUAGUGAAUCGAACAUAGGUGUAAUUUUCAGGAAACCUUAAACAAGUCCACUACAGUAUUUCAAAACACUUGAUAUUGGCCAGAAGGUGAAUGGGUGGCACUUGAAGAACAGGGAUUUUAGUAAAUCUCAUUUAUUUUAACAGGAUUUUACUGCAUGAAUGUUCUGCAAAGAUAGAUUUUAAAUUACCGCUGUUAUUUUCUUGGACUUUUGUAAUAUUUUGAGUUUUUAUUAUUAAUAUGUACUAUGUGUAUAUGAUGUAAAUAAAACUUUUGUAUUCUA